AUGACAGAGAGCUUCCUCAAUUGGCGAGACAGUCGGUGUAGGUCGGUCGGCCCUCGGCAGCGGCACACAUUCCUUGCAAACUGCCCCUCCUUGCCCCUUGCCCCUUCUAAGGCAUGGAACUCUCCUCUCUUGCACGAAACUGUCCUGUCUUGCCUCUAUGGCAUGAAACUGCCCCUUCUUGCCCCUCCAUGGCACACGAAACGACGUCUGAAGGGAUGCAGCCAAGGAGAAACACCGUAUGUACUAAACUCCAGCAAUAAAAAAAUAAUAGAGGACCUGAAGAAAGAAGAGGCAUUUCGAAGGUUCCGGGAAGAACUCUCCAAGAUCAACCCUGACGAGAAUCGUUACUUCGAUGGGCAGGAUGAAAACAUGGUCGACAGUUAUCUCUCAGAGAACAGGCACAAACUUCUCCCAUACAGCAAAUCACGUGCACAGACACUUGACGAUAACAAUCCUCUCACCAGAACUAUAACGGAAGACAUCAAGUCUAUAAUAAACAAUUUUAAGGACAAAGCCCCCGGCCAAAGCGGCGUGCGAAAGACAGUGAUGCAGCAUCUCCCCGAUGUUGCCUUCACAGAAUUAUUAAUGCCUAAGAAAUACCUAGCAAGAUCCUCGAAAAAAAAUAUCAACAACAGAAUAAAAGUACACAUAGAAAACAAUGUUCUCUACAACCCCAAUCAGUACGGAGUCCAGAAAGGAAGAGGCACACAAAAAGCUAUAACUUCUAUAUAUGAAACUAUUGCAAUCUUACAAAGGAAAAGACAGCAGUGCAAUAUAGUAUGUCGUGAUAGAGCGAAGGCAUUCGACAAGCUAUGGAAGCCAGGAUUCCACUUCAAAAUCCUUCAUAUGAAUCUCCAAGACAUCAUGGAGAAAAUGCUUUGCAACUUUGUAGAAGACCGCGCUGCAACGAUAAGAAGCGGUAAUGAAAUAGGACCAAAGUUCCCUCUGCUGAGCGGAGUGCCUCAAGGAUCAAUAGUGAGUCCAACUUUAUUCAUCUUUUACAAAGCGGACGCUGAAAGGCCGAGAAACAACUGUGCAGAAGUAAGCUUUACAGAUGGCAACAUCCAGAUCAUAAUGUACGUUUUAGCAACAAUGACAGCAAAUGAAAUAGGAAACAUAAACGCAUUCGAAAAGAGUGGAAAAUCAAAAGCAAUAAAACAUAUUUCAACUACUUUCUAUCUCAGUAACAAAACCGAGGGACGCAAUUGUCGACCAUCUUUUAAAAACAAGGUAACGAUACUUGGCAUGGAAUUUGGGACUCGAGGAGUAUCUAUGCACAUGAAAAGAAGAUCAGCAAUGGCCAAUUGCCAGUAUACAAAAUUAAAACGAUUCGGGAAAAUGAACUCAAAAAUACAACUACACUUCUACAAAACUCUUAUCAGACCCAUCUUGGAAGACCCAGCUAUUCCCCUGUGCAUAUCGUCCAAAACAAACAUAAUCAAGAAGCAGCAAUUCCAAAACAGAGUGAUCCGAACAGCAAGGAGAAACGAGGAGGAUAAUCUGCUAUCAACAGCAGACCUCCACAGCAAAUACAAGGUGGAGCCAGUAAACACCAGACUCUUGCAAGAAAAGUCUGGGACAAAUUACCGGUCCUGGACGAAGAGCUGA